AUGGACGCUAGACCCCAGCGCCUCAAAGUCCACGUCGGUGGCAACGAGAACAUCAUCCCUUCGAAGCACGAUUCCCUUCAUCAGCGACAUAAGUCGACAGGCAACCUCAUGUCUCGAAACGGUGGCGGUCUGCAGGCUGCUGCUAAGCGAACCGCUUUCGGCGACGUCAGCAACACGGUCAAAAACCUCACUGCUCUGCCUACCGACCAGCUGCCUGGCAAGGGCAAGGGCGCAGACUUUGCCUACAACAAGGAGAACGCGGUCAAUGGCAAGGACGGCUUUUCACGGCCCGCCCAGCGGGCUGCAGUGCUGGGCAACAAGAGUGGUCCUGUUACCGCAGAAUGGAAGCAGCCGAGAACCUCGGUCCGCAACGAUUCACAGACGCAAAACAAGCAGGUUGCGAAGAGAGCCUCUGCGGCUCAGCUCUACGAACCCCGUCCUUCGAAGAGCAAAUAUGUCGCCCAGGAUCCCAUUGCGCCGACAGAGACGGCCUCAAGCAAGCAGCCUCGCCAUCACAAGUCUCAGCCUCAGCUUAAGAAGGAGCCCGCUGCACAUGUUCUGCGACGCACGCAAAGCAAGCUGUCUACAACAUCUACACACCAAGCCCUUGGCACCGAAACCUGGAAGCCGAUGGAUGACGUGACGGAAGCCGCCUACGAGGAUGCUGUCGAGCACAUUGGCGACGAGCAGUACCAUGGUCCUUACCACAGACGCUCACUGGACGUGGCGGACGAAGGAGAUGAGAUGCAGAAGGCUAUUGCCCUUCUCGAGGGCAACGCCGAGAAGCAUUCUAUGGAGCAGCUCGCCGAAGCAGUGGUUGCUCCAACACUGUCUGAGCCAGAAGAGUACUGGGAUGAGGAAGAAGAGGAGGAGGAGCUCUACGAUGACCAGGGCUACACGACUGCGCACUCUUACCGUUCCCGUGGCGAUCUCACCACUGGCGGCGCAACCACUGUGCUCGCACCUAAGAUUACCGACAAGGUCGAGCAAGAAUUGGAGACCGCCCGUGCCAUCGUCGAGAGUACUCGUACCCAGGAGGAGGUUGACGACGAGAUCUGGGACGUCUGCAUGGUUGCAGAGUACGGUGAUGAUAUUUUCGAGUACAUGAGGGAGCUCGAGAUGAGAAUGUUGCCCGAUCCUCACUACAUGGACCACCAGGCCGAGAUCCAAUGGUCCAUGCGUUCCGUCUUGAUGGAUUGGCUUGUCCAGGUCCACCACCGUUUCAGUCUCCUGCCAGAGACGCUUUUCUUGACGGUCAACUACAUUGACCGCUUCCUUUCAUACAAGGUUGUGUCGAUUGGCAAGCUCCAGCUUGUUGGCGCCACCGCCUUGCUUGUGGCUUCCAAGUACGAGGAGAUUAACUGCCCAUCGCUGCAGGAGAUCGUAUUCAUGGUGGACAACGGUUACAAGGUUGACGAGAUUCUCAAGGCGGAGCGGUUUAUGCUCAGCAUGCUGAGCUUCGAGCUGGGCUUCCCCGGCCCGAUGAGCUUCCUGCGCCGCGUCAGCAAGGCGGACGAUUAUGAUCUCGAGACGCGCACGUUGGCAAAGUAUUUCCUGGAGGUGACCAUCAUGGAUGAGCGUUUUGUUGCAAGCCCGCCCAGCUUCCUCGCCGCGGCUGCGCACUGCCUAUCUCGCUUGAUCCUGAAGAAGGGUGACUGGACUCCUGCGCAUGUCCACUACUCAGGAUAUACAUGGGGCCAGCUAAGGAACCUGGUUACGAUGAUUCUGGAGUGCUGCCACUCCCCGCGCAAGCACCACCUUGCCGUAUUCGAAAAGUACUCGGAUAAGCGGUACAAGCGCGCUGCCGAGUACGUUCAAACCGAAAUCAGCAAGGGUUUCACGCUUCCGUACCGCCACUCCACCGGUCGUGCUUCGGCUCUUGACUUUGGCGAGUUUGAUGGCAACAUUAGCCAGCCUCAUCAUGCCAAGGCGAUGGUCGAGCUCCAGGGCUAG